UUAAGUUAAUUGCUUAUUGAGCAAUUUUCAGACGCGAAAAGCCUUUUUCUCUAGUUUUUAUCUCGAGUGUUAAUUCGUGACUUUAAAUAUUCUUUUGUCAAUGAAACGUAGUGUAAAAUGUUAUGUAAAUUUUAAUUAAAGACAACGGCGUAGGGUAAUGUAAUGUAAAUUCAAUUCAUUGAUGCUAAAAGUUUAGGCAUGGAGAAAAACGUGCCAUUUAAACGGGAUUAAAAUUGGAAAUUGGAUAUUUUUGAGUGAUGUGGGUAGCGCAAGGGCUGUUUGGAUGCUUGUGAGCGUAGCGACGCUAUUUAAACGGAGGGCGCGUCGUCCGGCUUCACUAGUAUCACGACGUUUGGGCCGUAUCACCACCACCUGUUAGGAUGACCCCGUUGGCCGUCGUUUUGACUUUGUUUUCAUGUUCAGUACUAGUGAUUAGAGGACAUCCCGGAUUCGAAAUCCAGCCAGAGGUGAAUGCUAGACGUUUGUUGAAUUCUGUCCAUUUACAGAAACAAUUAACUAGAGGACCAUUAGCUCAAGCACGUUCGAAAAGAACGUCAGAUCAUAUAAUAACAGAUUGCAUUUUUAUGACAUCUGAAGAAGGCGACUUUUACCACAAAUCGAGCAUUGCUGACGGUACCGCUUGUGGUGCUUACAUUUUCAGCGAUCCCGACCAAACCAUCGAAGUCCAUUUCAAUUAUUUGGACGUUCCUUGCGAAAACGGCGGACUUGUCUCUUUCGUGGAUGGUUGGGAACUGAACGGCGAAUUUUUCCCCAGCCCCUCCGACCACCCCUUGCCCCUAAAUUCGCGAUUUACCGAAUUCUGCGGCAAGAGGAAAGUCAAACAGACGUUCAAAAGCUCGCAGAAUGUGGCACUUAUCCAGUAUCGGAUGCCGGCCAAAGGCACAAGUUUCGGAUUCAGCGUCAGGUUUAUUAAGAAUCCGACGCCCUGCAAUGUGCUGUUCCAGUCAACGGAGGACAUCUACACGCUGAGGAAUUACGGCAAGAGGUCGAAUUGUAGUCUGAGCACUUUGUUUCCUGCUGCAGUCAGGGUCGCUUCGCUGAACGUUGGGAUUGUCCCGAGCCUUGGACGGGGCAUCGAGCUGGAAACCGGCACCAUCCACAAGGUGCGGUCCCAGUGUCAGAAACGCGGCCUGGACGACUAUUUGCAAAUCGGCGGUUCCCGGGGCUUGGACAACGCGAAUUUGCUCCUAGCGGACUCAGUUUGUGGACUGGACUCGAAACCAGGAAAGCACGUGGAAGUGAUCGCAUGUGGGACUACCACCGUUCGUCUUGUGUCCAGUGGAGCUUUCGAUAAUUCCGCAACAGUGGCCAUUCGAGGACUGACAGAGGACGAUAUCAACGGAUACAUGAGCGUCUUUUGUCAAGAGGAAGCACUCGAAUAAGACUAUUACCACCACAUAUCUGUAAAUCAAUUUUUUGUGUCGCUGUGUAUUAUAUCCGAUGUAAUUAGUUUCCGGUUCGAUGAACAAUUAUGUAAUUUAGGUUUUUUAUGUUAGUGGUAGGUGUUCCGUUUGUUUCAAUAAAAUUAAAUAAAACUGUUUCUUGUAUUAAAUAAGGAGGUGUUGGUUGCGAGCAUUGUACCCACAUUUCACGUACAAGGAGAAUCAAAUAAAAACAUAAAAAAAUAUCUCAUUGCAAUUAAA